GACUGCUACCUCGACAGCCCGUGGUUUCGGGAGAGGAUCCGCGCCCACGAAGCGGAGCUGGAGAGGACCAACAAGUUCAUCAAAGAGCUCAUAAAGGACGGGAAGAACCUCAUCGCGGCGACCAAAAGUCUUUCGGCAGCCCAGCGGAAGUUUGCUCAUUCACUCCGAGACUUUAAAUUUGAAUUUAUCGGUGACGCGGAGACUGACGAUGAACGCUGCAUAGAUGCUUCCUUACGCGAAUUUUCUAAUUUUUUGAAGAAUCUGGAAGAGCAGAGAGAAAUUAUGGCAUUAAGUGUAACCGAAACCCUGAUUAAACCCUUGGAGAAAUUCAGAAAAGAGCAACUUGGAGCCGUCAAGGAAGAAAAAAAGAAGUUUGACAAAGAGACAGAAAAGAACUAUAGCCUGAUUGAUAAACAUUUGAAUUUAUCAGCAAAAAAGAAAGACUCACAUUUACAAGAGGCAGAUAUCCAAGUGGAACAAAACCGGCAACACUUUUACGAACUGUCUCUUGAAUACGUAUGCAAGCUUCAGGAAAUCCAAGAAAGGAAGAAGUUUGAGUUUGUGGAACCUAUGCUGUCAUUUUUUCAGGGAAUGUUUACUUUCUAUCAUCAGGGCCAUGAACUUGCCAAAGACUUUAAUCACUACAAAAUGGAACUGCAGAUCAACAUUCAGAAUACGCGGAAUCGUUUUGAAGGAACAAGAUCAGAAGUGGAAGAGCUUAUGAACAAAAUUAGACAGAAUCCUAGGGACCACAAACGGGCAAGUCAGUUCACCGCAGAAGGCUACCUGUAUGUACAGGAAAAAAGGCCGCCCCCCUUCGGUUCCAGCUGGGUCAAGCACUACUGCAUGUAUCGGAAAGCGGCCAAGAAGUUCAACAUCAUCCCGUUCGAGCACAGGUCUGGGGGGAAGCUUGGGGACGGAGAGGUGUUCUUUCUGAAAGAAUGUACCAAAAGGCAUACUGACUCCAUUGACAGAAGGUUUUGUUUCGAUGUAGAAGCUGCUGACCGGCCCGGUGUUUCCUUGACCAUGCAGGCGUUCUCCGAGGAGGAACGGAAGCAGUGGUUGGAAGCUCUGGGUGGAAAAGAAGCUGUGUUCUAUAGUUUUAAUAGAGCCAUCAUCCCAAGACCAGAAGGAAGUGCACAGUUGGAUAAAAUGGGAUUCACAAUUCUUAGAAAAUGCAUCAGUGCAGUUGAAGCACGAGGUAUAAACGACCAAGGAUUGUACAGAGUUGUGGGGGUGAGUUCAAAGGUCCAGAAGCUUCUGAGCUUGUUGAUGGAUGUGAAGACCUGCAAUGAGGUGGACCUGGAGAAUUCCGUAGAUUGGGAAGUGAAGACAAUCACCAGUGCCCUGAAGCAGUAUUUGAGGAGUCUUCCUGAGCCGCUUAUGACCUAUGAGUUACAUGGUGAUUUCAUUGUUCCAGCCAAAAGCGGCAGCCCAGAAUCACGUGUUAACGCUAUCCAUUUCUUGGUACACAAACUGCCGGAGAAAAAUAAAGAAAUGCUGGAUAUUUUGGUGAAACACUUAACUAAUGUUUCCAAUCACUCCAAGCACAACCUCAUGACCGUGGCAAAUUUAGGAGUGGUGUUUGGACCAACUCUGAUGAGGCCACAGGAAGAAACUGUUGCAGCCAUCAUGGAUUUGAAAUUUCAGAAUAUUGUCGUGGAAAUUUUAAUUGAAAACCAUGAAAAGAUUUUUCGGACCCUGCCUGAUGCCACAUUCCCUGAGCCGGUCUCCCUGUCAGUGUCGCCCCCAAAUGCUCCACCAAGGCAAUCGAAGAGACAGGGCCAGAGGACUAAGCGACCUGUGGCCGUGUAUAAUCUUUGUCUUGAGCUGGAAGAGGGUGACAACCCCAGUCUUCUCAAGGAGGACACCCCUCCCAGCAGCCUGGACUCACUUUCCUCCCCGUCUCCCACGAUGGCCACUGCCCACGGGCCCCCCGGACCAGACAGAAAUCACCUUCUGGCAGAUGGGGGCAGCUUUGGGGACUGGGUGUCCACUGUCCCGAGCCAGACACGCUCAUCCACAGUGCAGUGGCUUAACCCCCAGUCUCCAGCCACACCAGGCUGCACCCCGGCUGUUACACCACCUUCACCCAAGCCGUCGCCUUUCCCUCCCUCACUUCCUGCUACCAUAGCGGACAAGCCACCUGACAGCGUCAUCCAUCGGAAGGCUCGGGCGGUGUAUCCGUGUGAAGCAGAACACAGCUCGGAAUUGUCCUUUGAAAUCGGAGCGAUUUUCGAGGAUGUGCAAACGUCAAGGGAACCUGGCUGGCUGGAAGGGACUUUGAAUGGCAAGAGGGGGCUGAUUCCACAGAACUACGUCAAGCUGCUGUAGCGCUGGGCCCGUGGGGGCCCCCCCGCGCAGACCCUGGCCCCCAAGGACCUGCCUGGGGGCAGCAAGCUGCCGUCUUCCUCCUGGGCGGAACCCACAGCCGCCUGGACACGCAGGAAUGACAGAUCACAGAUGGCCACUCCAGGGCCGGGGGUGGGGGGGGACACUGCUCGAGGUGGGGGGAGGGAGAUGCCCUGCACAGAAUCUUGCAGGUCUGUGCGGCGGAGAAGAGUGUCAGGAUUAACAGGACAGACUUUUCAUUUGUCAAGCCUUGGGACUUGUGGUUUUUAAUUAUCUGGUUUGGAGAGCGAGAGAGGGAGGACAGCCUUCUGCCGGCCCACCUCUCCCACCGGUGGCCGCACCCCCAGACACCUCCCCACUCACCUGCCGCCAGAUGGGAAAGGGAGCUGUGCUGGCUGGAUGCGCUCGUGCUCGCGCUCAGCUCUGGAGGCUGCUGCUGGCGGGCGGGCGAUGCAUUGAUCUAAACCCAGACACUCCUCCCCGGAUGGCUGCUCUGGGGACCCCAUGCUCACUGAACUUCAGGCACCGGCGGAUUCACAGCAGGCUUCUCCGUGCUGCUCACCUGUGUGCUUCCAGACACCCCCUUUCUGCCCCAAGUUGUCUGUACAUGAAAUAAAACAGAAUUUACUCUUGGA